AUGGAGCGUGUUACAACGAGCCCAGUAGAGCAAAAUGGCACGGGGACGGAGAUUAGUCCCACCACUGUGAUACUGGAGACAGAUGGAAACAUUUCGGUUCUACCUGGCACAGUGACCGGGGACGGGGAUGAUGAUGACGAAGGAGGAGAUGAGAAUAAAGCGAGGGGAAACUGGUCCAAUAAAAUGGACUUCAUUCUCUCAAUGGUUGGAUAUGCUGUUGGUUUGGGAAACGUCUGGAGAUUCCCAUACCUAGCCUUCCAAAAUGGAGGAGGUGCUUUCUUGAUUCCUUAUCUAAUCAUGUUGGGUCUUGCUGGAAUCCCCAUAUUCUUAUUGGAGGUGUCCUUGGGGCAGUUUGCAAGCCAAGGACCCGUGUCCGUAUGGAAAGCAAUCCCUGCUCUUCAAGGUUGCGGGAUUGCCAUGUUGAUAAUAUCAGUCUUGAUAGCAAUAUACUAUAACAUAAUAAUGUGCUGGACAUUGUACUACCUGUUCGCUUCGUUGAAGGGCUCACUCCCCUGGGCGAACUGCAAGAAUAAAUGGAACACUCAACACUGCAAGGACAAAGACAUGCUUCUUCUUGAUUCAUGCAUUCUGCGGGAUGCAAACGCCACCUCUAUAAGGAAUACUACACUAUGUUUGUCUGCUGAUGUCAUUGGGAAUCUGAGCAAACUCACUAACAUCACAUCUGAGAUCAACAAAACCUAUGUCAGCCCAAGUGAAGAGUAUUUUAAAUAUAAUGUACUGAACAUCUCCAGAGGAAUAGAAUACCCAGGGGAAAUCCGCUGGCCUCUGGCCCUCUGUCUUCUCUUGGCAUGGGUUAUUGUCUACGCCUCACUGGCUAAAGGAAUCAAAUCAUCUGGGAAGGUGGUGUAUUUCACAGCUACGUUCCCCUACGUGGUGCUGGUGAUUCUGCUGGUCAGAGGAGUUACUCUGCCUGGAGCUGGGGAUGGCAUCCUCUACUUCAUCACUCCCAAGUGGGAGAAACUCUACGAUGCCAAGGUGUGGAAGGAUGCUGCUACCCAGAUCUUCUUCUCCUUGUCAGCAGCCUGGGGUGGACUCAUCACGCUGUCCUCCUACAACAAGUUCCAUAACAACUGCUACAGGGACACCAUCAUUGUGGCCUGCACCAACAGUGCCACCAGCAUCUUUGCAGGGUUUGUCAUCUUCUCUGUCAUCGGGUUUAUGGCUCAUGAGCUGAAAGUGCCAAUCGAACAGGUGGCUGAUGGGGGUCCUGGCAUAGCCUUCGUAGUGUAUCCAGAGGCCCUCACCAGACUUCCUCUCUCUCCUUUCUGGGCCAUCAUCUUCUUCCUCAUGCUACUCACCCUGGGACUGGAUACCAUGUUUGCCACCAUUGAGACCAUAGUUACGUCUGUGUCAGAUGAGUUCCCCAGAUAUCUGAGGAAGUACAAGGCCCUCUUCACCCUGGGGUGCUGCACCUCUUUCUACAUCCUGGGGUACCCCAUGAUCACAGAGAAUGGAAUGUAUAUGCUUCAGCUGGUGGACACAUAUGCAGCCUCAUACUCUCUGAUCAUCAUCGCCAUCUUUGAACUUGUUGGAGUAUCAUACAUUUAUGGUCUGAAGAGGUUCUGUGAAGACAUUGAAAUGAUGAUCGGUUUCCAGCCAAACAUGUUCUGGAGGUUCUGCUGGGCCUUUGUGACCCCCACCAUUCUCACAUUUAUCCUAGGUCUGAGUCUGUACCACUGGAAGGUGAUGACCUAUGAGACCUACACCUACCCCACCUGGUCCAUGGUGAUGGGCUGGCUCAUGGUGGUGUGUUCUGUUAUCUGGAUCCCCAUCAUGUUUGGCAUCAAGAUGCACCUGGCCCCCGGCACCUUCAUCCAGCGUCUGAAGCUAGUGUGCUCCCCUCAGCCAGACUGGGGUCCCUUCCUGAUGAAGCACAGAGGAGAACGCUACAAGAACAUGAUCGACCCGCUAGGAACCAACUCCCUGGGGCUCAAACUCCCUCCUAAAGGCCUGGGCCAGACCCAGUGCUAAUGUCUGUUCCUGGACAAGUGACAAAGUUCACCAACUCUGCAGUAGUCAUCUGUUGUUCGCUCUAUUCAACGUUUGCACACUUUUCUAUAGAUUACACAAAGGGAAAUUGAAAGUCAAAGUCCAAGAUUAUGCAUGUUGUCUUCUGACAAAGACCGUCCCUUUAAUACAGCAGUAGGCCUAUGAUCGAUUUUACAGUGAACAGGGCUGAUUUGGUGCCUACUGUGCUUAAUCUCCAGUCUUCCACAAUGCUGUUUAUUUUAUUUCUAUUGAACUAUUCUGAGCCCACUGGUUAGGAGAAUGGUUACAGACAUGUCCUCCCAGUACUCAACACUGUUACUAAAUAGAUUUGAAAAAAAGAAUGAGUUUUGUUGUGAUGCAUGUCAUUGUCAAGAAAUCUGCAAUAGGAAACAUGUUGAUGAAAGAUACAUUGCCACCCCUAUCUGUUUGCGUGUGCUGUAGCAUAGUUAUAGGUAAACAUGCCAUGUCAGCUGCUCAAUGAACUAAUAAGCACAUCCCAACAGAGAAAAACUGUGGCUACAAUGAAUGAAUCAACCUCAAACUUCCCCUGUUCUUAAAUGACACUGCCUUUUGUAUAAGCAACGUGUAACUUGUAUGUCAAUUAAUUUGUGUUGCAUGUGCCUACAACGGAAUCAGAAAACACCGUAAUUUGUCAAGAAUAAUGUUGAUCAUGCCGUUCUUGUA